GAAUCGGCCCCAGUGCGGCUCGCUGCAGCCACGACCCACCUCUGCCCAUGGGGCCCUGCAUGUGCGCCCCUUCGCCCGGGGACUGACACCCGCUCUCCCCGGAGACACAAAACACCCAGAAGGAUCCCGAGCGUCGCACCAGCCCGAGGACUCUGCAGAGGCGAGAAGGGAAAAAGCAGGGAGCGGGGCCAGAUCUCCGGAUUUGGGACAUUCUUCGAAAUAACUUUUUUCUUACUUUGGAGUACCCCGAUCGCGUCUGCUGGUGGCUCUUGGCUGCCCCCCCCCCCACUCCGACUGCUGAUUUUCGGUCCUCUUUGGCGAGCAAAGGAAAGGGACGUCCUCUAGCCACGCUAGCCCCCUUUCCCCUUGCCUCUCAGUUUGGAUCGCGCCUCUUGGAUCUCCUUUUUAUUUAUUCUAUUUAUUUAUUUAUUGGCUCUCAAGACGUGAGGGGAUGGUGGCGGAGCGCGCCCGCAAAGCGGCAGCCUCUGGCAACCGCGGCCCCGGGGAGCUGGGCGCGCCAGGGCCCGGGACAGUGGCGCUGGCUGAGCAGUGCGCUAGGCUGCCGAGCCCUGGGUGCUGCGGACUGCUGGCUCUGGCGUUGUGCUCGCUGGCGCUCAGCCUGCUCGCCCACUUUCGGACCGCCGAGCUGCAGGCCAGAGUGUUGCGCCUGGAAGCGGAGCGCGGGGAGCAGCAGAUGGAGAAAGUUAUUUUGGGACGAGUCAACCAACUGCUGGACGAGAAAUGGAAGUUCUACUCACGCAGGCGCCGAGAGGCCCCGAAGAUGUCUCCAGGAUGUAACUGCCCACCAGGACCUCCUGGUCCCACUGGAAGACCUGGACUCCCAGGGGACAAAGGUGCCAUCGGGAUGCCUGGACGCGUGGGUGUCAAAGGUCAACCAGGCGAGAAGGGUGCCCCUGGAGAUGCGGGGAUGUCCAUCAUCGGGCCUCGAGGCCCCCCUGGCCAGCCUGGUACCCGAGGCUUCCCAGGAUUCCCGGGUCCCAUUGGUCUUGAUGGCAGGCCGGGCCACCCCGGACCUAAAGGGGAGACGGGCCUGGUGGGUCCUCGAGGACAACCGGGACCUCAGGGACAAAAGGGAGAAAAGGGUCAGUGUGGAGAGUACCCACACAGGGAGUACCCAAGUGGCACGCUUGCAGCCCUGCGCUCCAACCCGAUAAUUCCCCUAAAGCUGUUGCCUCUCCUCAAUUCAGUGCGGCUGGCUCCACCCCCAGUCAUUAAAAGGCGGACCUUUCAGGGGGAACAAAGCCAAGCUGGCAUCCAAGGCCCUCCAGGGCCACCGGGUCCCCCAGGACCAAGUGGCCCUCUGGGACACCCAGGACUGCCAGGGCCUAUAGGGCCACCUGGUUUACCUGGGCCUCCUGGACCAAAGGGAGACCCAGGGAUCCAGGGCUAUCAUGGCCGCAAGGGAGAGCGGGGCAUGCCAGGAAUGCCAGGCAAGCACGGAGCCAAGGGGGUUCCUGGGAUUGCCGUGGCUGGGAUGAAGGGUGAGCCAGGGACGCCAGGAGCCAAGGGUGAGAAGGGCGCUGCAGGCUCCCCUGGCCUCCUGGGGCAGAAGGGAGAAAAAGGUGAUGCCGGCAAUGCCAUUGGAGGAGGCAAGGGAGAGCCUGGCCCCCCAGGGCUUCCUGGACCCCCUGGGCCAAAGGGAGAAGCUGGUGUCGAUGGCCAGGCUGGGCCCCCAGGACAGCAAGGAGACAAGGGACAGCCAGGAGCAGCUGGGGAACAGGGACCCGCUGGCCCCAAGGGUUCCAAGGGUGAACCCGGCAAGGGAGAGUUGGUGGAUUAUAAUGGGAGCAUCAACGAGGCACUUCAGGAGAUCAGGACGCUGGCCUUGAUGGGGCCUCCUGGUCUUCCUGGACAAACAGGCCCGCCCGGACCUCCAGGGACUCCAGGCCAAAGGGGGGAGAUUGGACUGCCAGGCCCUCCAGGACAUGAUGGGGACAAGGGGCCUCGAGGAAAGCCAGGAGAUAUGGGGCCCGCUGGUCCUCAAGGACCCCCAGGAAAGGAUGGGCCUCCAGGAAUGAAGGGAGAGGUCGGGCCCCCAGGAAGUCCAGGGGAGAAAGGAGAGACAGGACAAGCAGGCCCGCCGGGUCUAGAUGGCCCAACUGGGGAGAAAGGAGAACCAGGUGACGAAGGGAGACCUGGAGCGACAGGAUUGCCUGGGCCCAUCGGGCUUCCGGGAUUCACAGGAGAGAAAGGAGAAGCUGGGGAGAAAGGUGACCCGGGAGCAGAGGUUCCUGGGCCGCCAGGGCCAGAGGGUCCUCCAGGACCUCCGGGCCUCCAAGGUGUUCCUGGACCAAAGGGAGAAGCAGGCCUAGAUGGCAGUAAAGGAGAGAAGGGCUCCCAGGGAGAAAAAGGAGACCGGGGGCCUCUGGGAUUGCCUGGAGCUUCAGGUUUGGACGGCAGGCCUGGGCCACCGGGUACUCCAGGACCAAUCGGGGUUCCAGGCCCAGCUGGACCAAAGGGCGAAAGGGGCAGCAAAGGCGACCCAGGGAUGACGGGACCAACGGGAGCAGCUGGGCUGCCUGGUUUACAUGGACCACCCGGGGACAAAGGAAACCGGGGGGAAAGGGGGAAGAAGGGCUCUAGAGGGCCUAAAGGGGACAAGGGGGACCAAGGAGCACCUGGACUAGACGCCCCCUGCCCGCUGGGAGAAGAUGGCUUACCAGUCCAAGGCUGUUGGAACAAGUGAUGCCUCUAACCUCGGACUGGCCUGUGUGUGUUUGUAUAUAGGAUAUUUAUUUUUAUACAGUUUUCACCUUUUGAAAAAUGCCCAAACUAUGAUGCAUCUUGCAGAUCAUUAAAAGAGAAAGAAGAAAAGCCUGCAUAUUUUGUACAGGAAAUAACCCCUUUCCCUUUUGUUUACAAGACAUGUUUGUAUAAAUCUGUUUCUAAUACACUUUCUGUCUGUGCGUCUGCUUCUAACGUUGCAUGAUAUUUGUGCACACUUAUUAAAUAUCACAGCUUAAUAAAUUAUUGUGUUCCGGUGCCGAAGGGAGCUUGCCAGCCCAGAGGUGCUGCAAGCUUAUGUGUGAAUUCACAAAAACGUGGAGGUCCGUGGUGUUUGCCAGACUACAUGUGUCUGACAAUAUUUUAAACUUUAACUGACUUUCAUUAUUAUAAGAAAAAAAUAAAAAGUGGCAAUUCA